CAGAGAGACAGAGAGAGAGAGACAGAGAGAGGCGGAGGAACGUUUCCCCAGUGCGCACCUUGAAACUUCACCGAUCACCAUCAUCUCCAGUGUCAGAGGAUUUGACUUUGUAUCGUAGUCUUGUUUUUUUAUUUUCACCUCAACAACAAGGUAAGAAAAUGAUUAUUGUUUUGUUAUUGUUGUUUUUUUGUUUUUGCUUGUUCGGGAUGUUUGAAAUACGUCAGUCAAGCUUUGGACCACCACUUUAAUGUUUUAUACAUGGAGUUUCCCUCCAUCACUAGACUUGACAUCAGAACCAUAAUAACAAUAAUGAUAAUAAUACACACAUAAUAACACAUCAGCUGUUCUUCUCUCUCUGCUGGAGCUGAGCUGGGACAUUGAUUGGCAGGGCUAGUGACAGAUCCACAUCUAGCAGGAUGUUUAUUUUCUUAUCACUUCCUCCAAGGCCUCUUAGCACAUGCUGUAUAUCAAUCCUCCAUCCUUUUUUUUUUUUUUUUGCCAAAGCAGCCAACUGGAAGAAGGUUAAACAAGAAGCCUCACCAUGUGGUUGCUUUACUGUGUGUUAUGACCCUGGCACUGCAAUUCCAUUUUCUUUUUUUCUGUUUUAGCUUUUCAGACAGUUUUGCGUCCUCUCGAGGUCUUCAAUAAACUGUUGCUUUGGUUUUCAAACACUGAUUUUUAUAUUUCAAUAGGGAAAAAAAUAGAGGAAAAGUGAGGAUUAGGUCCAAUAAUGUGCUGCCGAACAGGAUCGAUACAAAUAUAACUGCAGAGAGGAAAUGUAACCAAGAGAGGUAGAUUUGAACAAUGUAUGACAACUGCCAUGAAUUGGUUGAAGGGAAUAAAAUAUGCCUCUGUCUUUUGAUUUACAGUUAUUGUCUUUUAACAAACCUUUUUCCCUAUGAACUGUAAUACUUGAUAUGUACUUCAGAUCAAUGUAUCAAGGUAAAUGUGAGUUUACAUCCCCUAUGUUUUAUUAUUUGAUAUUACGGUAACUGACUAUGUAAAUUGAAACUUAAUUUAACUAAUAUAUCAUUAUCACACCUUAGCAUAGACUGUAAAAAAAAUUAAAAAAAAGAAAUUCACGUAGACGUAUUUGACUCACUGAAAUUAGUGCACCUGUGUUCAGAGAUGGAGCAGCAGGAAGAAAAGCCUGAGCGCCUUUGUCUGCUGGUGACCGGUCAAGCCACCUCGUUCUUUAGUAUUUGGAAGUUGAUGCCUCGCCGUUAUGACUUUAAUCUAUGGUAAUAUGUCGGAGAAAAACAUUGCGCCAAAGGUCGGAAACUGAUUGAGAACAGUGACUCAAAGAAGACUGGAAGUGGGAAUUCCUGUCCUCUGACAUGGGUCUAUACGUAGAAGGUCAGAAAUAGGGUCGGGCAAAUAAAAAGGGCUUUCUGGUCCCAGCGGGGCCUCCUGUGGUGACCACGUGCCCCCCUCUGGGGUCCCAGGGUCAUUUGUUUGAGGUCCAAUCUAUCUCGUCGAGUCUUAUCUUGUCAAAUGUUGCCCACCGUGGACGUUGGCAGGAAACAAUGGCGUGUUUGCCAAACCUUUAUUUUUACGCUGUGCCCAACAAAUUUCCCCUUACAGCAUAUCUCUGCACUGUGAAGAUUGGUCUCGAGUCGCAGGAGAUUAAAAACAGGUUCUCUGUGUGCGCUCGGCCAAGGUGAAAUAGCGCACGGGUGCCCAGUUAAUGUUGGUGUUAUAGCCCCGAGCGACACUGUCAUCUUGAGGGCAAUACAUCGAUAUUCAUGACGACACUGAGAGGUUGUCACUCGUUUACAUCAAUGCACAAGACAAACUAUCAUUUUGAAUAUAUGGACCUCUUGGAGGAAUAGCUCAACCAAUAAGCCAGAAUGGGAACAAGUGUGUCGGGUCACGUGCGUGAGGUGCGCGGACACCGCUGGUGAAGUCUCAGUGGAAUAAACCCCAAACCAUGAGCAAACUGGCAUACAUUUCAGCCGUCUCAUUAAAUUUCAAAGCAGGCUUGCCGACAAAAUAACCGUACAGGUUAUUCAGUGAACUGGACAACUUGGCCUACGCCUCAUUCCAGAUCUUCUUUCCCCCUAAACUGAGGUCUUGACCCUGUUUGCAAUAACACGCUCUAAUCGGCUUACAACACUGAGGAAUUUAGUCAAAUACCCUGAGAAAACAGUCUAACAGUAUUCCCGUAGUAGCGCAAUGGCGCUCAAACUCUGGGGCGGCCCCCUUCUUUGGUGCAAUUAUCAGUGAUUUUGAAAGAAAGCAUGUCAGCGGGGGGAAUGAUAAGCGCUCGGAGGGGUUACGGGAAACUUUCCCCGAAAUAAAAAGGUGCAUUGUUGGAUUUGUCUGCUUUGGCCCUGUCUUCCAGAGACGGAUGGCUUUUCUGACCUGCAGUCUGUUUGUUCAGGCUAGACCGCCGAGAUUGUGCUCGCUCUCUCUUCCUCUCCCUCCCUCUCUCUCUCUCUCCCUCUCUCCAGACCGCCGCUCUGCGUUCGGUGCAGUAGCCGUCGGGGGCGAAACGCCGAGACGCUGCCUCGUGGGAGUCCUGCGACAAAAGGCUUCCGAGCCGAGCGCUGCUGAGGGGACAAAAGAGGAGGGCCGACGGGCACAGACGCGGCGUGAGCGUGACAGUGGAAGGUGGUGAGAGACAAGUCCGGCAUCGCAAGUGUGAUGUUCUUUGCGGUGGGAACUUCCUGUCCCGGCCGUCCCCCGGUGACACAAUCACUCUUCCCAUAAGCGAGUUUGGCAAGCAGGUAUUUUGUCAAAAAAAAAAAACAACCAAACCACGUCGAGCGAGCGGACUGUGUGGGAUGAGAGCGCAAAGAAAGCAAAAAAGAGGAAGAGAAAGAAAAGGUCACCAUGCUGGAGUAUUACCAGCUGGUCUACAUUGGCCUGGAGCUGGUGAUCGCCUGCCUGGCUGUGGCCGGGAACUCCCUGGUGUGCUGGGCCGUGUGCCUCAACUCCAACCUGCAGAGCAUCACCAACUUCUUCGUGGUGUCGUUGGCCCUGGCUGACAUUGCUGUGGGGCUGCUGGCGAUUCCCUUCGCCAUCACCAUCAGCACCGGCUUCUGCGCCAACUUCUACGGCUGCCUGUUCAUCGCUUGCUUCGUCCUCGUGCUCACCCAGAGCUCCAUCUUCAGCCUGCUGGCCAUCGCCGUGGACCGCUACAUCGCCAUCAAGAACCCACUCAGGUACAGCAGCCUGGUGACAGGGCAGAGGGCAAAGGGCAUCAUCAUUUUGUGCUGGGUCCUCUCCACGGGCAUCGGCCUGACGCCGAUGCUGGGAUGGAACGCAGGUUGGAACGCAACGGCCGCCGACGGCGGCAGCAACAGCUGCUCCAAAGGCAUGACCGAGUGUCAGUUCGAAGAGGUGGUGAACCUGGACUACAUGGUCUACUUCAACUUCUUCGGCUGUGUGCUGGUGCCUCUGGCGGUCAUGCUGGUCAUCUACGCCAACAUCUUCAUGGCCGCGCGGCGUCAGCUCCGACUGAUCGGGCUCAAGGCAUCACACGCGCGCUCGCGCCGCACACCGGGAGAAGCGACCUCGUCGCGGAGCUCACCCCGCUCCACGCUGCAGAGGGAAGUGCACGCCGCCAAAUCGCUGGCCAUCAUUGUGGGCCUGUUUGCUUUUUGUUGGCUCCCGGUGCACAUCAUCAACUGUUUCAACCACCUGUGUCGGGACUGUAGCCGCUCAAACAUCUGGGUGAUGAACACCGCCAUCAUCCUCUCCCACGCCAACUCUGUGGUGAAUCCCUUCAUCUAUGCCUACCACAUUUGCGAGUUCAGACUGACCUUCCGGCGGAUCCUGUACCAGCACAUCCUGGGGCAGAGGGACGUGCGUGGGUUCGGGAGUUGCGGCGGUAGAGGUGAUGGCCGCGGCAGCAGCAUCAUGGGAACCUCGUCCUCUUCCCGGACCUGUAAAGAGGCUUCAUCGUGUUGCACUGUGGUAAAUAGUUACAUCCAGGAGCCGACUCCCAGCCAAACUCCUCCACAGGCCACCCAGGAGGCCUCUUGCCACUGGGCAACAAAGGGAGACUCCGCCCCGAGGAGCUACAUACCCAACUGUCACCCAGUAAAAAGCGGCACACUUUCCUCAGCAGCACAGCAGCAGCCGCGCAUGGUGGGACUUGCUGAGCAGGUCGGAGAAGAGGCGGCUACAGGUGCUCCGGAGCUGGAAGACAGUGCGAGUUGCAUUGCUUUCGUAAACGUUCACGCUCUCUCCUUGAAUCAGACUCAGUGCACCUGCUCGGCACAGCUUCCAGAAGUCUCAUGACGAAGACAUCUCGGCACAUGGACUGUAUUUUUGUUGCCAUGAACCAUAUAACAAUCUUGCACAUACAGAAAAAAAAUGAAGAAGGAUUUAACGAAGCCUCGGCAGAUCAACAGCAGCAGUAAAUCAGUUUUUUUUCCUCCAGUUACAUGAACGGCUAAAUGAUGACGAUCAGAUCUACAAGCACGCAAACAGAUGUGCUGAUGCUUCCAUUUUUUCCACAAUAAAUAUACUUUUUUUUUUAAAGUGUCAUGUCUUCAAAACAAUUAAACUGUACUUUAUCUACUGUAAUCAUGUUUUUAAACAUUUAUAUUCUUGAGCUGCAUUUACUGAUGACGUUGCAUCAUGUCACAUUUUGUCACGUCGAAUUAAAUCUGAAAUAUUACUACAUUUUUUACAAAGCUUGAGUCACUUUCUGUUGACUUUCUGUGACAAAGCUGAAUGACUUUCUCACAAAGAAGCGUGACCAAUGGUCUGAGUGAACUAUAAAACAAAAACACAGUGAUGUUUGAUGGCAAUCGUAAAGCAUGCACUAUCUCUUGUGUAUAGAUCUGUUAAAAAGUCAUUUGUCAGACCGCUGGAAAGCUACAGGGGCACUAGAUGUUGCUAGUUUGAUAACUGCCAGGCAACAUGUAUCUGUUGCUGCUUCGCCAACAGCUAUGUGACACAUGAGUCAAAGGCACUGAUGUAUACAGGCCAGUUACCAACCAUCAAAACAAAGCUUGUUUGAUCUAUUCAAAUAUCAGUCCAUAUGCCUUGAUACACACACACACGCGGGUCCACAGACUACGCUGAGAGAGGUGUUUACUGAGUGGCCUGGCUGCUGACGCCAGUCAAUGGGCCUAAUGCAAUGGAAAUCAAAUGAAGGUUCAUGUGAUGAUGUCUUUUAUUAUGCCAUUAUACCUUGUCCUUCCUCAUUAAAAAGCCCUUUCACUGUGGGGAAGAGCUGCAUUAGGCGACACUUAUGUGCUUUGAAGCAAUCCCAGAGGCAAAGUCUCCAGGAAAAAACAUACAUGGGUAUGUGCCUAGUGCGCAUGCAAAGGACAGUUAUUUUAAAACUAUAUAUUAUCAGUUGUUUAUUACACUUCGUGGCCGUGCACAGGAGUAUUCAAAUGAUUAAAGUCAUUUCAUUUUAAUAAUUUGUUUUUCUUUGUGCUAUUUUGACAGACAUGAGAUAAGGGGUAGUAAAACGAUGUGGUUGUGGAAAAUACAAAUCCAUAACCACGUAAACAUAAAAGAGUUAUUUGUAGACAAUUACAAUGGCAGCGUUCCGUUCUACACUCCACAUAUCUGGAACAAACUCUCAGUUCUUUUAAAUCAAGACUGAAGACUUUUCUGUUUGCCGCUGCCUUUCAGUAAAUAAACUCUCUAUGCAUUUCUUGUACUGCACUGUAACUUUUAUCACCUCUCUUAUUCUACUUUGACAUGUUUUUAUUUUCUCUUUUUAAUUUUGUAUUUUUAUCUGUUUGUUCCCAAUGCUUUUAAUGUUUAUUGUAAAGCACUUGGAAUUGCCCAUUUGUUGAAAUGUGCUAUACAAAUAAACUUGCCUUGCCUUGC